CCCGCCCCGCUAGCAGGGCUACCUUCCUCCCCUCCCGACUCCCAUCCAUCGCCGCGCCCUCGCGGCAGGUAGGUCGCCCGCGGCGGAGCCGAUACCCGGGAGGACGCGCUUCUCCGACCUCCACGACGAUCUCGUCGCCGCCAUCCUCGCCCGCCUCCCUCUCCGCCAGAUCGCCCGCGCGCGGCUCGUGUGCAGGCGGUGGCGCGCCCUCACCGCGGACCACAGCUUCCUCUGCCGCACCGCCUCGCGGCAAGCCGCCGCCGGCUUCUUCGUCGACGACCAUUUCAGCGUCAGGGCCGACUACGUCCCCUUCCCCCACGGCUGCUCGACCAGCGUCAGGGCCGACUACGUCCCCUUCCCCCACGGCUGCUCGACGGCCGCUGAGGACGGCCCCGCCCCGGAUCUAUCCUUCAUCCCCAGCGCCGCCCCGCCCGGGGACCCACCGCGCGGCGGCGUCCAUGUCUCCGGCUCCUGCAACGGGCUCCUGCUCCUCUGGUUCCCGCUGCGCCACCCGACGGCGGGGUACUACGCCUGCAACCCGCUGACCAGGGAGCUCGCCCGGAUCCCGGCGGUGGCCGAGCUCGUGCACAGCUUCAACCUCGCCUUCGACCCCUCGGUGUCGCCGCACUACAAGGUGGUCGGGUUCGGGCACAAGUCCCUGGUCCAAUUUGUUCUGGAAGGGGGGCAUCUGAAGACGAUACCGAUGCCGCCCAAUAGGAAGAAAGGGUGGUUCUGCGCCUACAUCGGAGAGUCGGCCGGGCAUCUUCAGAUGAUUGGCUACACCAAGGAGGAGAAGCUCACUGCCUGCUUCGAAAUCCUGGAGAUGCAGCGUGGUCGGCCCGAGUGGUCGCAUCUGUGCCGUGUUGAUCUUGAUCGGGUGCAAGAACUGCAUCCUGAGAUCGAAUGGCCAACAUGGGAUACCCGGUCCAAGGAGCACAAGGUGAUUGGCUACCUCGCGCUUUCGCCAGUCUGUGUCGUCAGAGGAACCGGGGAGGCUGGGAAGCAUGGGGUCUUGAUUUUCAGCAUACCAGGAAAGAUCAUGCUCUACGACAUGAAGGACCAGAGGAUUUCAGUUGUUGGAGAAGUUGAGAGCUCUGCUAGGGAACUGCGCUCCCGGUGCCACUUCGAGUGCCCUUGGUAUUACUUCUAUGCUUACAGUCCUAGCUUGUUUACUUUGUAGUCAUUACUUGCCUUAACAAGGAUGUAUCGUGUAUGUGGUCCUUUCGUGUUAUAAGGGCAUCUGAAGAUGCCCUCAAAAAAGAUGGUAGUGUUGCUACUCCCUUGACAAGAGAGAGAGGCCAGGGAAGAGAUAAAUCAGAAAUGUUAACUAGCGAACUCUCUUUUUUGCUGACAA